CAGAAUUUCAUACUCCUACGACGUCGUUGAGUGUAACCCACCCCAUUGUUGGUUGCAAAUCCUCUCUCUAGAAAGAAAGAAUAAAAAAGAAAGAGAGGAAAGUUGAAACAACAAAAACCAGAGGAGAGAGAAAAUGAGCUUGUCGACGGCGUCGUUUUUGGCGAGAAGAGCAGCACAGAAACAGAAGGUCCGACUUCUCUACCGCCGUUGUCUCCGGGAUACUCUCAAUUGGGCCGUUCAUCGUCAUCUCUUCUACGAAGAUGCUGAUGAGCUCCGGAAAAAGUUCGAGGCUAACAAAAAUCUGCAAGAUCCUGAUGCAAUUGACAAAAUGAUUGCUGUUGGUGAAUCUGAGUACAAUAAGUGGAGGCACCCUGAUCCUUAUAUUGUUCCAUGGGCUCCUGGCGGUUCAAAGUUCUGCAGAAACCCAGAGCCACCUAAAGGGAUUGAGAUUAUUUACGACUAUGGCCAAGAAGAGGUCGAGCCAAGGUAGCUGCAUAUCUUUAAUGCAGUAAGUAAGGUAAUAUGAAAAUUACCCUGGCCGUGGUGGGUAGAUAAUGAUGAAGAGUCAUCUUCCCGUUUGCAUUUACCUGCGUUUCAAACAUUUGAGAUAUUGAGUUUCUCGUUUUGUAAUUUACUUAGGUUGUUUGCAGUCCGCAGUUGAUGUUAGCUGUUGGGGAAAAUUUGUGCACAUGAUUUGUUGAUCUUCUAAAGAAUUGAAUAAUUUACUCGAAUGAAAAUAAGUUUGACCUUUCUAAA